AAGGUCAAGACUAUAUUAAAGGCAAUGGAUGACUUGGCUUUGUAGGUUGAAUGUAUAAUUUUACUGUACAACUUAUGAAUCAUUUUCACUCCAAAAAAUGGGUUAAUUGCAUGGUUGGUCACUGAGAUUACAAAAAAACGUUCAUGUUUGGUCAUUGAAAAUAUUUAAUUCUAUUGGUGGUCACUAAUUUUAAUGAAAGCAUUCACAUUUGGUCACUCUCUGUUAGUCGCCGUCCAUCUCCGUUAACAGAGUCCGUUAAGUGGUGACGUCGCUGACAGAAUCGUCUAAUCAGCCCUAUUUAAUCCAAAAAAAAAUGAGACCCGACCCACCACAUCACUAAGUCCUGCAUUGUCAUCUGAACCAACUCAACCCUCUAACCAUACCUGACCUAUGAACCGACCCACCCAAAUUAAAUCCCUAAAUCUAGAACAAAUCUACCUAUCCCCUUCCUCCCUCCCUCCUUCCUCCUGACUUUCUUCCUCUUCCCCUGAUAAACAGGUGCAACCGGAUCGACAUCGGGGCUUCGGAUUUUUCUAUCUCUACUGUAGGAAAAAUUUCCAUCACUUUGUCGGGAAAAUUAUCAGAGGAUGAAAGCGGUGAAUCGUGAGAAAGAAAAACAAUGUCGCAUAGCGACACCAUCCCUCUCCACUCUUCCUCGCAGUCGGACAUCGACGAGAUCGAGAACCUAAUCAACGCCAUCGUCCAGUCGGGCCCGAUAACAGUUCAACCCACCUGCCCAACGAGUCCGCCGCGGAUCCCCGUCUCGUCCUCUCUGUUCCUCCAGGACAACCUCCCACCACCCACGACGACGGCAUCGAAGAUGCCCCCUCUCCCAUCGUCCUCUGCGCCGCCUUCUGUGUUUUCCGCCACUGUCCCCGGGCCCACACCCUGCUCGCGAGCUCAGCCGAAUCGAACAAUUUUGCGGAUUAUGGAUUCGGCGUCUGUCGAGAAUCGUGAGUAAUUUGAAGCUUUAGAUCAGUAACUUCUCAACGCCUCUUACUCCCUCUCUCUUGCUCUGUGCCUGCCUCCAACCCCGUUCCCGAAAUGCUCAAAGGCUCCCUGAAAUCCACUGUCGCAGCCUUGCUUUUUCCUUUCUCCGCUGCCGCUUAUUUAUUCCUUCUAUCAAUCCUUUCUCGCCCCUUCACCACAAUCCCACUCCCAGAAAUUGAAAAAAGACGAGUACUCCAAGAACAGGAAAUCCGCACAACAAUCUCCAUAGUCGCCGACGCCUCGCCACUUGCCCUUCCCUUUCCCUCCACCGCUUCUUUCUUCCUUCCUCCAAUUCUACUCAACAACCCUCAUCUUUGUUGGCAGUAAGCUCAAUUGCUUCUUUCUUCCUUUGGCGGUUCCAGGGGUUUAUCAGGGGAAGAGGAAGAAAGUUGGGAGGAAGGAGGGGAAAAGGGAUAAGUGGAUCUGUUCUAGAUUUAGGAAUUUAAUUUGUGUGGGUCGCUGCACAGGUUGGGUUUGGUUAGAAGUUUGGGUUGGUCCAAAAUGAUGUGGCGGGUCUUAGUGACGUGGCGGGUCGGGUCUCAUUUUUUGGGAUUAAAUAGGGCUGAUUAGACGAUUCCAUCUGCCACGUCAGCACUUAACGGACUCUGUUAACGGAGAUGGACGACGACUAACGGAGAGUGACCAAAUGUGAACGUUUUCACUAAAAUUAGUGACCAUCAAUAGAAUUAAAUAUUUUUAGUGACCGAAUAUGAACGUCUUUUGUAAUCUCAGUGACCAUGCAAUUAACCCAAAAACUUACGAAUCAUUUUACUGUUACCGCAUGCAUGCAUCAGGAUAUUGUCUUGAGUCAUUAGUGAUGAUGAACUAUAUAUAGCGAUGUAUGUAGUCUAGGCAUUUUUGAAAGAACAAAUUAAAGGAACAAAGCUGGCGAUUCACGACCGUAUCGUGACAAAUUAAAGGAGAUUCUUUUGUUUGCGGUGUCUGUGGAGUUCGUACAAAGGCCGUAUCGUGACAGGAAAUCGAUUCCCCCAUCUGUCCAUUUGUCGAGGAUUAAUGUUUCGGCUUAAGUCUUAAAUGUGCAAAGUGGUUUCUUGUCCGAAUUCUCAAGAAAAAUGAGUGUUGUUAUUGGCCGGAUUUGGAUGGGAAAAAGUAGAAUUUUGUCUAGUUAUUUAAAGAACUAGUUUACGAACGGACUCGUUAGUACACGAUCGAGGGUGAACCAAGUUACGAUGUCAGACACGUGAGCUAGCUAGACUAAUUAAGUGGUUUUGGUGAGUUUAAUUAGUUCUUGAGUUGCUUGAUAAUGUAGAUCAUGCAAGUGUACUCACUUAUUUUGUAAAUUAGUUAUUAUCUUUUUUUUUGUAUUUUUCGUUGAGAUUACGAUAUUACAGUAUUUUUAGUAAACAAAAAAAAAUAUCAAGCUCAUUUCAUAAGAAGCCUAGGUCGUGCUUAACUCAAUAAACAUGAAUUUUAUUU